ACCUUUUCUAACUCCAUGACUUCCUCCAGGAGGGUGCCACAGAGAGUCGUCCUCGCUGUGCUGUGCUAGCAGGCAGUGCAGGAUCCUGUGCCCUGCUCCCCCCACCAGAGAGAACCAAAAUGGGCCAGAGAUUCUGGGAGAAACUCCAUCUGGCCCUCGCCCUCCUACUCCUGAAUCUGGGAUCUGCUGUGACUGGAGGAGACCCUCACAACUGCUAUGGGGCUCCAGGCCUGCCAGGCAUGCCAGGUGUGCCAGGCAAGGAUGGCCGGGAUGGGCUGAAAGGAUCCAAAGGCGAGCCAGGCAUCCCGGCUACUCUUGCAACACGAGGACCCAAGGGCAUGAAAGGGGAGCCGGGCAGCCCUGGCUUGCCAGGCAAGACUGGCCCCAAGGGUCUCAUUGGUCCCACUGGAGACCCUGGGAUAAUGGGCAUGGCUGGACAGCCGGGUAUGCCAGGCAGCUACAAGCAGAAGCACCAGUCAGCAUUUUCAGUGACGAGGCAGACCAAAGAGCACCCCUUGAAGAAUGUCCCUGUAGUGUUCAACCACGUCAUCACCAACACCAACCAUGACUACAACACCACCACAGGCAAGUUCACCUGCAAGCUCCCUGGCUUAUACUACUUCACCUUCCACUCCUCACAGACAGCCAACCUCUGCGUCAUCCUGUACAAGGACGAGAAUAAGAUGGCUAGCUUCUGUGACCACCAGACCAAUACCAUGCAGGUCAGCUCUGGUGGGAUCGUCCUCCACCUGCAUGCUGGGAACCAGGUCUGGCUGGCAGUGAAUGACUACAAUGGCAUGGUGGGCAUCAACAACUCUAACAGCGUCUUCUCUGGGUUCCUCCUCUUCCCGGACUAGAGGACCACCAGAGCCCACGCCAGCAUGCCGAUCUCUCUGCCCUGCCUUGAAACACUGCUGCUCACUGUGAGGCUGUUGCUGAUGCUCCAGCUUUCUCUGUUAUGUGGGAAGCCCCAGCAAGGGGGUGAGCCCCAGCUAUUGGCCCAACCCCCAGCCUGGGGACUGAGUGCAAGCAGCUGCUGAACUGGGGGAACAGGGACGUCUGGCAUCUGCACCCAGAGUGACGAUACCAAGCCCGCAGGAUGCUGCUGGCACUGCCAUGUGCAUCCACCCUGAUAACCCCACAUUACCUUCUGCUGCCAGGGCCUGCAGUCUCUCCGCCUCUCUCCCCUUCCCACCUGGGUUGCACCAGGGACAGCCAGGUGUCCUGGAGCAGGCUUGCAACAGCACCUUUGCCAUCACCUGGCUGUCAAAACUGUCAAUAAAGCCUUCCCCAGUG